AUUUAUGUUCAUACCUUGUGGCUUUUUUGUUUUAUUAUUGAAAUUAUAGAUUAUAGUAUGCAAAAUAUUGCAAACGUUAUGCCAUAAACCAUUUAAAACCUGUGCAAGUGUAAAAUAUGUUUAGCAAUUAUAUUGAAGUGCAUUGAAGCAUGUCGUGUCGCGCCUUUCGAACAAAGCAGCAGCAGUGAAAAUUCAACGCGAGACUGCAGGGUGAAAACGGCGCCAUUUUAAGAAGCAAAACAAAGCCACACGCAAAAGCAGAAAGUAAAACUUGAAUGCAAUGCAAUUAAAGGCGCAAAAAGCAUAUGCAUAUGCUCAAAUAACAAUUUUAUUAUCGGUGUGCAUAAUCAAUUGACGCUACAAAAAAAUAUUACAAAACCUUCGCCCUCGAGUCGAAAUAUGAGCAGUGGCCAAAAUGAGGCAUCAGCAGCAGCAAAAAAGGAAAAGGUUCUCGAAGCGCAGCAACGUACACAAGAAUCCGGCAGUGAAAAUGAGGAAACCGACUCUAUUACGGAUCAGUCGAGUCAAUCGAAGUCUACGAAAUCAGCAACACAAUUUAGCGUGCAACGUUCGGAUACUGAUGGACUGCGCAUGAAAAUAUCGGCUAUAAGGAACCCGCCCUCAACAACAGCAACAAGUUUGACAAAUUCAACAGCUACUAAAGAAACAACAAAAACUGCGUUAACAACAGUUGAAAACAGCUCACGUAAAAAGCUAGCAAAGGUGCGAAAGAUGAGCGAGGCUCAGGAGUUGAGCGGCUGCUCAGCGGAUGGCAAGGAGAAGCAUAGAGAAAAAGAGAAGGAGAGGGAUAAAAUGUUGUCGACAGUAAACACAACCAAAAAGAUUAAAGUCAAGCGCAAGAAAAUUGCGCAAAAGAGCAGCAGCAGCAGCAGUAAUAACAACAAUAACAAUAGCAAAACUCUUCGCAAGCCUGCAGCAGCUUUUAGUUCCGAUUCUGAGGAUGAUUUGCCCUUAAAGGUGCAUAUGCAACGGGCGCCACGAUUGCUGCUAACAGCUAUUGGCGGUAGCCAGGGCCAGGGCGAAAACCACAUGGGUAUCUCUAGCAGCGACAACGAGGAGCUAGUGAGAGCAGCGGAUCUGGUGAAGGCAGCGAUCAAGCGCGUAGAAAGCGAUGCUGAGGAUAACGCCAGCGUGGCAGCUGGUGUUGCUGCUGCGAAAAUUAAGCAACAGCUGCCGCAAUAUCAAUCUACGCUCCUGAAGGACUUUAUGGAAAAAACGCAAAGAUUGAAUCAGCCUGGCCAUGCCACCAGCUUACCCAAAGCAGCGAUGCAGCCAAGUGCAGCAGCGGCAGCAGCAGCAGCAGUUAAUAACAGCAGCAGCAACAACAACACACUAUCGCAGCCACUGCAACGCAAGCGACGCGGUCGCCCAAAAAAGUUGCAACCAACUGUUGCCACCAGCGCACCUGCUGCUCUUCCUGUUGCCGUGCCCACCAUAAACGAGUCGGCAGAUUCGGGUGUGAUAAGCACAACGCCUUCGCCCAAAAUGCAGCAGUUGCUGAUCAGUGAUAAUGCCAAGCCCAAAAUAGACAUGGCCUAUCUGGAUAAACGCAUGUACGCAACGGCGGAGCGUGUGUUGUAUCCACCGCCGCGCAGCAAGCGCAGACAGGGCAACAAGAAGGUAAACAAAGAGGAGCUGCAAGUGGAUCCACUCUGGCGCAAGAUUGAUGUCAACAAAAAGUUUCGAUUGCGCACUGUCAGUGGCUACAAAAGCGAUGGCGGCGGCGGUGGCGGCACCUCAAAUACUAUUUGCAGCAAGAUUCUUGCUGCGAAAAGCGGCUACGUUUCGGACUAUGGCAGCGUGCGGCAUCAGCGGCACAAUCACAAUUCGGGCUACAAAUCUGAUGCCAGCUGCAAGAGUCGAUAUAGCAGCCGCAGCUGUGCCAGUCGUCGCAUGAGUCGCGCCAAAAGUUGUGGCUAUCGCAGCGACUGCAAGGAAUCCUCCGGCAAAUCCAGCAAAUCACUGCGUCGACGCAGACGAGCCUCCAUGCUGAGAAGCGGCCAUGAGCAGGCAACGCAGGCGCUGAGCGAUGAGCAUGAUCAGGAUAUAUUGCAGCUGGCCGGCCUCUCACUUGGCCAGAGCAGCGAGGAGAGUAACGAGUAUAUCAGCAAGCCCAGCCUAAAGUGUUUGCCCAGCACCAGUGCCAGCAAAAAGUAUGGUGAAAUCAAUCGAUUCGUGGCAACUGGCCAAUAUUUCAGUGGAGCUGCAAAGCCAACAACUACAAGUGUUGCUGCUGGAGCCAACACAACAACAACAACCACCACAACAGCAGCAGAUAAUUUUAUACAAGGUAAAAUGUUGCUGCAGCGCAAACACUCGAUUAGCCAGGACACAAUGCUGCCCGGCAAGAGUGCGUGCAAAAUUAAGAGUCGACGCUCGUCCGCCGCGAGCAUGUGCAGCAGCUAUGUGUCCGGUGCCUCACGAGUGCGUCGACGGCAUCGUCGCAAAAGUUUCAGUCAUGCGAAAUCGCUGAACAUUGACUCCAAGCUGCUAACCGAGAUUGACAUAAUUGCAAGUACAUUUCAUGCGCGUUGUCGCAUCCAGGAUGAUCGCUUAACGGCGAGCAGCGGCAAGGAGAAGCUGCUCGCCGAGGCCAACAAGCUGCAGGCCACGCUCACAGCGCCCAUUGCGGCCACGUUGCCGCUGCUAAAUGGCGGUGGCGGCGGCGGCAGCAACAGCACCACAUCUGCAGCUGCAACAACAAAGCCGCUCAAGCGGGCACUCAAGAAGCGCAAGCUUAACGAGCCCCUAAUUGACUUUGCCAUGCUCUCGGCCAGCGCUGGCAAUAGCAAUGGCAUCAGCAACAACAACAGCAGCAGCAGCAACGGCGCCAAGCGGCGACACAAGAAAUCGAGCAGCAACAGCGGCGGCAGCAACAGCUCUAGUCCCGACGAUCACAAGCUACCGCUGAAGAAGCGUCAUUAUUUGGUAACAACCGGCGCCGAGGUGGCAUCGGCUUUUGCCAGCAACGGUAAACUGAAUGCCGAAGCUUGGGCAGCUGCUGCAGCGGCGGCCAAGAGCAGCGCAAAUACCAAAGCCCAGGCGCAGUUCAAUGCCAAGAAGCUAACGCCCAAAAAGCGGCAUUUGCUGGUCAGUCAAGAGGUCGCCAGUGGCGCAGCCGCUACAGCUGGCAGCGCUUCGCCGUUGCGCAUUGUCGUUGACAAUAAUUCCAUAAGCGGUGGCAAGCUGCUGGACAUAAGCCCCAGUUCGCUGUGUUCCCUGAAACAGCAGCGGCGUCAGGGCGCCAAAGCAAAGAACUUGCUUGUGGCCAGUGCGGGUGCAGUUGCUCGAGAGCUGCCCCAGCAGCUGCAGUCGCCUGCAGGAAGCAGCAGCUGUCCUCCGCCAGGCAUUUUUGAGCCUUCCGUGGAGCUGGAAAUACAAAUACCCAUAGCCAAACUCAAUGAGUCGGUCAUCACAAAAUCGGAGGUUGAAUCACCCCUGCUGGCCGCACUAGACAUCAAGGAGGAUGCCAACAAGAAGGAGCAGUGCCAGCGCGUGCUGGAAACGCUGCUGCACAAAACCGGCGGCAAUUUGUUGCUCAAGCGCAAACGCAAGAAAAUCAAUCGCACAGGCUUUCCCACAGUUAGACGUAAGAAGCGCAAGGUCAGCGUUGAGCACACUCUGUUGCCACAGCAACAGCAGCAGCAGCAGUUGGAGCAGCAGCAGCAACAGUUGCCCGCGCGCGAAACACGCAGCAGCAGCACCCUUGCAGCGGCUUUGACAAUGGACUGUGAGCGAGUUCCGAAGACAGGCGAGGCGCAGGAAACUUUUGUGGCACGCAGCAGCAAUCAGCGCACGCCGCGUUUGUCUGUGGUUGCGCUGGAGCGUUUGCAGAGACCCCAAACGCCGGCAAACAGUGGAGGCAAUGCCAGAGGCAGGCCACGUGGCAGAGGCAGACCUAAGCUGCAAAAACCACAACCACCAGCACCACAACAACAACAACAGCAAUCACAUCCGGUCGCUCAGCUCUUGGAGGUGCAACCGGCCAAAAAGCGCGGGCGCGCUGCCAAGCAAACGGAGUUGCUGGUGCCCAGGCUGGAGCGCAAGCUGGAGCCUAGCAUAAAACUGCCAGCAGGCAUUGAUCCCAAUACAAACUUUAGCUGUAAAAUACGCUUAAAGCGACGAAAAACCAUACAGCAGGAGGCAGUCAAGCAACUUGAGCCAGCCAAACAGCCAGAGCAGCAGCUGCGGUUAGAUGUGUCCACGCCUCUGGCAACUAGCGAUGACCGAAUGCAAAUUGCAGCCGAAGCGGCAGCCAAGCGCAGUCAGCAGCCAGUGCCAGCGAGUGAGCAUGAACCCUUGCCUGCCCAGGAGUCCACAUUGAAUUUGGCCACCGACUAUGGCAGUUGCAGUGAUACCAGCGAGGAUAAAUGCAGCACUGCAUCGCAGCGGAAGCGUACCAAACUAAAGAAAAACUUUUUGGUGGCAGGUCUCUUCUCCAAUUACUUCAAACAGUUGCCAGCUGGAGCUGCAGCAACGGUUCCAUCCACAGCUGUCGCUGUCAAGCAACCAAACAGAAAAGCUACCGAUGGGGAGCAGACGGAGCAGCAGCAGCCGCAGGUCAGCGUUCUGCUGCCACCGCCCAGCUAUUGCGAGCGAUAUUUCAGACGCACCCUUAACGACUUUGAGUUGCCGUAUGAUAUUUGGUGGGCCUACAGUCACGAUAAGCUGCCCACGCGCCAUGUGGUGCCCUCUUGGAAUUAUCGCAAAAUACGCACUAAUGUCUAUGCGGAAUCGGUGCGUCCUAAUCUGGCUGGCUUUGAUCAUCCCAACUGCAAUUGCAAGCCUCAAGCGAGUGGCGCCUGUCUGGACAAUUGCCUGAAUCGCAUGGUCUAUACAGAGUGUGCACCCAGUAAUUGCCCAGCGGGCGACAAGUGUCGCAACCAAAAGAUACAACGUCAUGAGGUAGCGCCGGGCGUGGAACGUUUCAUGACCGCGGACAAGGGCUGGGGCGUGCGCACCAAGCUGCCCAUCGCCAAGGGCACCUACAUACUGGAGUAUGUGGGCGAGGUGGUCACUGAGCGUGAGUUUAAGCAGCGCAUGGCUAGCAUUUAUCUAAAUGAUACUCACCACUAUUGUUUGCACCUGGAUGGUGGGUUGGUAAUUGAUGGCCAGCGAAUGGGCAGCGAUUGCCGUUUUGUGAAUCACUCCUGUGAGCCCAAUUGCGAGAUGCAAAAGUGGAGCGUGAAUGGGCUAUCGCGCAUGGUGCUAUUCGCCAAGCGUGCCAUUGAGCAGGGCGAGGAGCUUACCUACGAUUACAAUUUCUCGCUAUUUAACCCAUCCGAGGGUCAGCCGUGUCGUUGUAAUAUGCCGCAGUGCCGUGGCGUCAUCGGCGGCAAGUCUCAACGCAUUAAACCGCUUCCUGCGGAACUAAAGACAACUGCCGGUGCGGAGAGUGCAGCGGCUGGAUUAAAGGAAGCCAACGGUAAUCAACAUGGGCGACAACGGAAGCACAAGGCCAAGAAGAAUGCGCAGCGCCUGCAGCAAGCAGCCAAAGAGGCAAUGGUUGUGGCACGCGUGCAGCAGCUUUCCGAGAGAGAAAAGAAACUUGUUAAGCAGUGUAACAUCUUUCUGGUACGCAAUUUCGAGAAGAUUCGUCGCUGCAAGGCUAAGCGCGCUGCGGCAAAAGCGCAGGCUGCUGCUUCACCAGCUGCUGGGGAUUCUGAUUUACCAGGACGUCGUCCAUCGACACCAUCGUCCAGUUCACUGCUGGCCGCACAAAUCUCGGCACUGUGCACGCCGCGUAACAUGAAAACGCGUGGCCUAACGCAAGCCGUACAGGAUCCGGAACUGGAGAAGAUGGCUAAAAUGGCGGUUGUGUUGCGUGACAUUUGCACAGCACUUGAAUCGCUGAAAAUGUUCGAUCUGCUCUCCACGUUGCCCAGCAGCAAGAAAAAGAAGCAGCUAAAGACGACGCGUCUCGACUUUAAAACCAUUCAAGCACAGGUGGAACAAGGACAUUAUAAAACCCCACAGGCAUACGAUGAGCACAUGCUACAGCUCUUCGCAGAGGCACGUCAAUUACACGGCGACGACGAGGGCAAGUCCAAUGCGCUGCAAACGCUGCUGGAAAGCUAUACGCAGCAGAAGGCGGCCAACUACGCACAGCUGCUGGAUAUACUUGGCAAACCAGAGGCAUUGCACAGUUUUAAGCCCAAGGAAGAGGAGGAGGAGAAGGUGGCGGAGCUAGCGACAGCAACAGACCAGUCACAGGAGAACAUAAAGCCGAGUACAAAAGUAAUUGCGUCCGCGACGCCAGAAACUAGUGCAGCUGUUGAUGUUGGUCCAGAGCUGCCGCCAACCGAUGAGGAAGAUGUGAUACGUUGCAUAUGUGGCCUGUACAAGGACGAAGGUCUUAUGAUUCAGUGCGCCAAAUGCAUGGUCUGGCAGCAUACGGAGUGCACGAAGGCAGACAUAGAUGCGGAUAACUAUCAGUGUGAGCGCUGCGAACCGCGUGAAGUGGAUCGCGAAAUACCCCUGGAUGAGUACACGGAAGAGGGACAUCGCUACUAUCUAUCGCUAAUGCGUGGCGAGCUUCAGGUGCGCCAGGGCGACGCCGUUUACGUUUUACGCGACAUACCUAUUAAGGAUGAGACAGGCAAGGUGCUGCCCAGCCAGAAACACACGUACGAGACCAUUGGAGCGAUUGAUUAUCAGGAGUGUGACAUUUUUCGCGUUGAGCAUCUGUGGAAGAACGAGGCGGGCAAACGUUUCAUCUUUGGCCACCACUUUUUGCGUCCACAUGAGACUUUCCAUGAGCCCUCGCGGCGAUUUUAUCCCAACGAGGUGGUUCGCGUCUCAUUGUACGAGGUAGUGCCCAUCGAGCUAGUGAUUGGACGCUGCUGGGUGCUAGAUCGCACCACAUUCUGCAAGGGCCGGCCCAUGGAGUGUAACGAUGAGGAUCAUUGCUACAUAUGUGAGCUGCGCGUGGACAAAACUGCGCGUUUCUUUUCCAAGGCCAAGGCGAAUCAUCCGGCCUGCACCAAGAGCUAUGCCUUUAGAAAGUUUCCGGAAAAACUUAAGAUCUCAAAAAGCUAUGCGCCACAUGAUGUGGAUCCGUCGUUGUUGAAAACGAGGAAGCAAAAGACUGAUAUAGAAGUAGGAGCAACGCCCAUUAAAAUGAGCAGGCACGAGCAGAAGACAGGUCAGACAACGGGCAACAGAAAGCAGCGUAACACACAGGCAGGGACAGCUACCGGAGCGACUGCAUCAACACAAGUACCUGUUCAAGUAUUAACGCCCGUCGCGCCAAAUGGACAGGUUCUCAAAAAGAAGCGCUCACGCUUGGAAAAUGUUCUUAAUACCAUGAAGCUCAAAUGUCUGGAUGCGCAGACAGCGCAGGAGCAGCCAAUCGAUUUGUCCUACUUGCUAAGUGGACGCGGCGCCCGACAACGCAAAACCAACUGCACCAGCAACGGCGGCAGCAGCAGCAACAACAACAAUUCGGCAACGCCGUGCGCCUAGUGGAUGCUAAUAUGUUUAGCCAUGUAUAUAAAUAACUUUAGAGGCAUUGCGUACUAUUUAUACAAAAAUAUUAAUAAUUUUAUGUUUAGUUUUAGUUAAUAAGUUGUAAAGCGCAUAAAACGGUGAUAGUAGUAAUUCUAGUUUGUAAAUUGUUAUGAACAACUUCUUGAGCAACUUACGUACGAUUUUUAUAAAAGCUGCAAUUAUUUAUGCAUAUAUUUUUACAAUUAUUGCAAUUAUUUGAUUACACAUGUAUGCCUAUGAUUACGGUCCAUCUUUAUAGAAAAAUUUCUUAUGCUUUUUAAAAUUGUUUAACAUA